AUGAAAGGCUUCUCCAACUUUGUGCGCAAUCCCGACGCUAAUAUUUUCGUACGGCAACUCUUCAACAACAAGGAAUGGAACGACUACGCUCGCGACAACCCAAACCCGCCCGAUAGAUGCGACCCGGACUGUGGUCAAGGCUUAUGUCGCCCGGAGGUUGACCUGUUUGGCUGCAUUGGGUGUGCCACUCGUCAAACGGUCUGUUCCUUUCUCCGUGAUUUCAUAGAACGCCGUCUCCCUUCUCUCCUUCAUCCCGCACUUCCAAAUGCUGUGAACGACGGUUUCUACCAAGGCCAGGCCAUUCUGCGCAGUCCUGUCAAUCGUCCGGAGUACGGGCCCGCCGCUUGGAAGAAACUCUACGAUCUUGCCCUCGACAGUCGCAAGCUCCUGGCUACCACCAGGGACAACGAGGAACUCAUCUACGGCAAAAAAUUCAACUUGGGAAAUCCAAUGUCCGCCAUGGCCAAGGCGAAGAGCGACGGCAACUGGGACGCCUUUGGCUCCCUUGCUCUGGAGUUACAUGGUGAACUUAAGGUGAUCGCUGAACGUAUCGUAUCUGUCGCCCAUGCUAUGGACACGAAGAUCGCGGACUCCCAGUGGGAACUCUUUCCGUUUCUCUUUGCUGUCCAUCGCGAGCGUAUUGCAGCUGCCCGUCAGAAGCGCUUGCUCGAAGAAAUCGCUGCCGUGGUCAACGUGUCUGGGCCAGCCUCCGAAAUUGUAGCGCAGCUCAGGGAACUGCUACCUCCCCACGACUGUGAUAUUUAG